CGUGGCGCGAUCGAGCAUCUCAGUCCGUCAGAAACAUUGGAUCGCGCGAGAUCGAGGGUCGACGAGUGUGUCCCCCGAAUUGCAACGACAACCAACCGAUUUCGACCUGUCCUCCGCCAAUCGCGUCGUUCUUCUGUUUCCGCGUGGCCAGCAUUCCCAGGAAAUCGUUGAUCCGUUCGCGAUCGGUCGCAGUGGAGUUUAGAAAAGCGAUUAUCGACACCAACCCCAGGAGGAGUCGUCGAUCGUGUCGGACGACUUUGUCGCCGGUCGGGGAUGCAGCUGUGACGGUUGGAUCGUCGUACGAUUUUCUCCGAGUCAGAUCCUCCUUGUUGAUUCUCCAAUGAAUGCCAGCAGUGGAUUUCCGAACGACAGGAUGUCCAACAUCUACAACAAUUCGGUGGUUCGAUUCUACGACCACAUCUUCAACGAUCUUUCUGAUCCGCGAACGAAGGACUGGUUCCUCAUACGAUCGCCAGUGCCUGGACUCAGUCUUCUGAUCGGCUACCUCUACUUCUGCCUAUCAUGGGGCCCACGUCAAAUGGAGCACAGGAAACCGUACCAGCUGAAGAACAUUCUCGUCGUCUACAACUUCCUCCAGGUCCUGGUCAGCUGUUGGCUGUUCUACGAGGGCCUGGACGGAGCCUGGCUCAAGGACUACGACUGGAGGUGCCAGCCCGUCGACUUUUCAACUUCUCCAGACGCACUCAGAGUCGCUAGAGGUGUUUACGUUUACUUUCUGGCGAAGAUUUCCGAACUGCUGGACACGGUUUUCUUCGUUCUUCGAAAGAAAGACAGCCAAAUCACGUUUCUCCAUUUGUACCAUCAUACCGUAAUGCCGAUGGUUUCGUGGGGUGCGACUAAAUACUACCCUGGUGGCCAUGGCAUCUUCAUAGGGGUGAUCAACAGUUUCGUGCACAUCAUCAUGUACACGUACUACCUGCUAGCUGCCCUGCUACCUCAGUACCAAAAGUACCUGUGGUGGAAGAAGUACAUCACGACCCUUCAAAUGGGACAAUUUUGCUUGGCGUUCCUGCACAGCUGCCAGUUGCUGAUCUACGACUGUGACUACCCGAAGUGGUCCGUGUUCCUGGUCCUUCCGAACGCGAUAUUCUUCUACUUCCUGUUUGCUGACUUUUACAACCAGGCUUACAAGCCUGCCGAAAACGAAACGAGGACGAAAAAGGGCAAAGAGAACGGGAUAGCGAAGCAAGCGACGAACGGGAAUUUGCAAAACGAGAAGGGUAAGACUGACUAAAGUCUGGGACACGAGGAACUUCAACGACAGGACAAGAUGAAGAACCGACCAGGACGCUUGCGAGUCGCCAUUGGUUUUCCGUUCAACGCAUCGAGGCUCCAGCUGUGGAACGGUGACGUUCAGUCGCGAGAGAAGAACACGUUGCUGGACAAAUAGACUGUAUAACGCACCACGUUGAGUCGCAACAGAACAUUUUUCCGACAGAAAGUAAAGUUUUCUCUGAUCACAACUCAUCGAACAUCGAAUGGACGAACUCGCAAAUCGGCGGUAACCGAGGGGAAUCGAGUGCUCUGACAUUAGUUCACGAGCAACGAUCGCUUCUCGAUUAUCGCUUUUGAUUGUCCGUCGUCGGCUAACAAAGAACAUGUGCCACACUCCACCCCCCUCUUUAAUUUGGAUUUAACUGAUGUAGGAUGUAAGGAAAUUUAGUCUUAUUAGCGAUGAUAAUUGAAGUGAGGGGUGAAACGAUUCUUCAAUGGUUUCGAGAAAUAGGAAAUCCUAUAUUUUCAUGAAAAUUGAGGGUAGAUCCUUCGUGGAUGUUCCUUGUAAGUCUUCGACUGCCCGCGUCAAUUAGAUCGUUAGAUGUUUAAGGUUGUAGAUGUAUAAUGAUUGCAACGGAAAAGAUCCUGGAUAUUCGGGAUCAGAAGAGGAAGCGGCGCGUACACGAGUUUCAUUUGGAGUACAAUUCGAUAAGAAUUCGGUAUCUCGUGUAUAUACAGGACGAGGCAUCUAAGACAGACGACCUUAAAUGCCUCGGUCUGUAUAAGUUUGGGCUUCUGGAUUUUUUCGUCGAGCUGCGAUGGUUUCAGUCUUCCUUGAGCGAGUGUAGAUAGAACUGGAUUCUAAAUUUAGGACGAGGAAACGAAAACGCGCAUAGUUCGGGGGAUUGUAACGAAUUCUGGGUUGUUUUUCUUGGCCUUAGUGAUCGAUUGGACAAUAAAAAUUGUUAGGAGUCAAUUAAAAUUCGUGCCUAAAAAGUCUUUGGAUAGGCGACUGCAGAGGUGGCUCGAAAUGGAUAGAAAAUCGAGCAUUUGAAAAUUUAGAAUUUACAAAUUGAUUUAUCACGAACAGUCCAUGUAUUCAGGGGUUACCACUUUUUCCUCUUUCAGCAAUAAUUUUCCAUGUCAGUAUCAACUUGUUUUCCCACGGAGCGUGAAACUCCUUUAAAACAAUGUUGCGUCAGAAAUUCUACUCAUUCAUCGCGCUGUUUGCAUAACCCUUUAGAGCUGAAAGAAGUCAACAUUACAAUUGCAAAUGAAUGCAAUUAGCAUUAACAGAACACUUUCAGUCGGUGCAUCCACGCGCGGUUGAACUAUCUUGCGGAUUGUCAGUAAUCGGUAAUUAACGAGACGUAGCUACGCUCACGGUUGAUAAUUGCUACACGUUAAAUGAAUUUAAUGGGAGAAUGACACGAUAAAUUUCAUGGGAAGAAAGAUAAAAGCUUGCACAGAUGGUUCGUUGCUUUUAGUAUACGUGUACGUUAACGAGAUCAAAUUAUGUCUAAAGAGUAUGAUUCCUCGACCAAUUAAACUAAUUUUUGAAUGAAAGAGAUUGAUCGUCGAUGCAGCAUUUUGUAAAAUUGAUCGCGGUUCUAAUUGUGACUCGACGUGUAAAAGUGUAAUAAAAUUUUAACAAACAUUAGUGGAAACAUACCUGACGCAGCUCUCCCUAGCCGAUUUUCUUUCAUGGUGCACCUUGUGCCUACGUCUGGAGGAAAACAAGACAACUGUACCGCGUGUUUUCCAUUUUUACGGAGGUAUUCUAGGUACCUUCGAAAAAACUGAGGACAUGUAUGAAAUUUUAUAACAUAAACACUAUUUAAAACACUAGUAUGAAUGAUUGGUUUUAAAAAUAUAGAUCAAUACAACGUCACCAGUUUGUGUGAUGAUCUCGACUAUAAAAUUGGACCAGAAUACGGUAUGUAAAUAGUGUUUCUCUCCUCCCAAUUGGUUGAUCUCGAAUGAGAACCGUUGCUCUUCCCAAAAGCUAUGCUUUUUGCCAAAGAUUCCUGGUUCGUCGACCGAAGCCCGCUGAAGACACGAUUAUGUAUCCCGGUAUCCUUUUGUAUUAUAUCAGACGACAUGUAAAACGUAGCGUAGAAUAAAGUUACGAUUAUUGGAA